AUGGACGGUGGAGAUAGAUGGCACGUGUCAAGCCUCGGCGGUGGGUCCCAGGAUAAGAUGUUAAUUAACCGAGUGAUGCCCAGAUUCCGACCGAUCGCACCGAAACCGGACACCAGCGGAUCAAGUUUGCCGACGGAGAACAAGAACAGGCCUUCUGUUUCACAAGCAAGAACGAAGAGAAAGUACGUUAGGGGUUGCAAGAAUAAUAAUGGAUAUAAGAGAGAGAAAAUGAAUUCUGAGGAAGAAAGUAAAGAUGAGUUGGAGAAGACGGUUCUGACUCUGCAACUGUUGCCUGAGAGAGCUCAAAAGAAAGAUCUGGAUGCUGGAGACUCGCGGUCUAAGGUUGAUCACACGGCUGAUAAAAAAGCGAUCGAGGAUAAUCAUAAUCAGGGCCCACAAAUGUGGUUGAGUGACAAGAAAUGGGUGUUCGGUGACGUUGACCCCGGUGCCGGGUCAGAUCGGACGGCGGUGAUGGCUCAGACGAGGGUGGUGGAGUCAUGGGUGACGGUGGAGAGCGUGACAGACACGUGCAUGGAUGUACGAGGAAUAGGAUGUACGGAUGAGGAGAAAAUUAAGAAUCUCGAGAGGGACACGUGCCCGGGGUUCGUAUCGGACGGUUCCGACAGGGUGCAGUGGGUUAACGAAGCGUAUAAGAGGAUGGUGAGCCAGGAGGAUGAAGGACAGUUACCGGAGUGUACAGUGAGGUUGGUGGUGAAGGAGAGGUUGUUGCCCUGCUUGUAUCCGGCGUUUACGGCUCGAGUGAGACUGCAGCACACGUGGCGGAACCAGAAGUACUGUACUUCGUCAAAGGUGGUGCCUUGUGAUGUGUGGUGGAUGGACUGCGGAGGAUUUGCAUGGAGGUUGGACGUCAAAGCUGCGCUCAGUCUCGGCCUUUGAAACAAAGAUCAAGGGAUUGAGAGAAGCCACCUUAAUUAUCAGGAGAUCGGGAGAGCACCACUUGUACCAGUUGGAUUUUAGCUGCUGGAUCCUAAUCGGAAAUGGACUGUUUUGGCAUCCCAAAAUUUUUUAGUCUUAAUAUAUGCAUAAGCCGGUCAAAGCUAAAAGCCCUGUUUUGGUAUGUUACAUAAAUUGGGCAAGUAAAGGGAGCGCACUUCCCUAGUUUGGCGUAGCUGUCAUGAACACGUAGAAAAAUCAUAAAAUGAAAUUUUUCU